AUCAGCAACAACCAAACAGAGCGCGAGUGGAGAUGCAAGUGCAAGAAUGCAUUGGAAGUUUGUUUGACAAAGCAAAAGAGCAGCGAUGGAAACCAGUGGCAGUGCGAGUGGACAGCUGGUCAAGUAGUUUUAUCAUUAAAACCGUAAAGCAGUCUGAAGAUAUUGAUUUGAAGUCUCAAUCGAAAGAUUAAUACAUCUGAAUAAGCUGCAUAUGUCCAUAUGGACAAGAAAAUAAUGGAAUCCUAGCUGGUGUGACUGGCACGUUUAAUAACCACAUCUCGUUGCAGCUCACUCUGAUAAAGAGAGAGUUUCAUUAGGAGCGCAUACACCUGUGGUUUGGAAGUCGUUUAGAAGGAUCUGAUACAUUUUGGAAUUAGUUUUUAAACAGAAAUUGGAUAUCGCUCUGCUGUAGAUCUGUAGUACAGCUUGUGAAGGAAAUGCUGCGUGUCAUUUUGUGAACUUGUGAGAUGAAAGUGUUUCUGUACCAGGUUUGUUGAAGCGACUGUGAUGUGCACUUACCAAGUCAUGGACAUUUGUGUUUAACUGCAAGAGGAAAAACACUUCUUCAGUGAUUUUUAUAAAACAUCAAAUACGUUAACUGGAUAAUAAAGCGUCAGCAGCAGGUGCAGGCGACUGGAAAACGUUUUGGAAGAAUGAAGAGUCCCUGGGUGAAGCAUGAUCUGCUGGUAUAUUGUUUUUAAACUGCUCUUUCUAAUGGUUCUAUGGGAGUGGAUAACAUUGAGUCUUCACUGCUGGGGUCUAGCUGUCGCAGCAGUUUCCAGUAAUGCAGCGGGUCCUCUGGGCUGGCUCCUGUCUGAUAAAGGGCCGUUUCACCAGUCACAAGAAUUCACAGAAUGUGUGGCAAGGUACCAGCAGGGAUUUACAACCAGAUACAAGAUUUACAGAGAGUUUGGUCGCUGGAAGGUCAACAAUAUUGCUCUCGAAAGGAAAGACUACACUGGCUUUGCUUUGCCUCUUGAUCCAGAGUUUACUCAGAAUAUAAGAUUGUUGGGACGCAGACCAAGCCUCAACAGGAUAACUGAAAGCAUCAUAAAGAAAUACGGGACCCAUUUUGUACUGUCAUCAACAUUGGGAGGAGAAGAAUCUUUGACUAUAUUUGUGGAUAAGAGGAAGCUGAGUAAGAACUCUGAUGCCAGUGAUUCUAAUGCUAAUAGUACUUCCGUAUCUCUGGAGACUCUUCACCAGCUUGCAGCCUCAUAUUUCAUUGACAGGGAGAGCACACUGCGCAAGCUGCACCACAGUCAGAUUGCCUCAACAGCUAUCAAGGUAACUGAAACGAGAACUGGUCCUCUUGGAUGCAGUAACUAUGACAACCUUGAUUCUGUCAGUUCUGUUCUGGUUCAGAGUCCCGAAAACAAAAUUCAUUUACAAGGACUACAAGCUAUUUUACCAGAAUAUUUGAAAAAGCGUUUUGUGCGGGCUGCUCUUAGCUACAUUGGCUGUAACUCGGAGGGAGAAUUCAUCUGUAAAGACAAUGACUGCUGGUGCGAGUGCAGCAGCAGUUUUCCAGAAUGCAACUGUCCAUACAGGGACCUCAAAGCAAUGGAAGAUAACCUACUACACAUCAGAGAGGCUUGGACAAUAAUCAAUAAUGAUUUUGAGGAAUCAGAUGAGUUCAAGCUCUUUGUGAAAAGACUACCAACAUUCUACACUUUAAACACAUCUGCUAUUCAGCACAUGUGGAAGAUGGAUUCCAGCAUUCAGCAUCGCUAUAAACAGCUGGAGUCAGGCUUGAGUCUGCUCCUAAAAAAGGCACAAACAAAUAUCAAUAGACUUUUUAGCCUUAGUAAGAGAUGUCGCAUGCAACCUAAACUAGUUAUGCUGAGAGAAAGGUCUCUAAAAUACUGGUUGAGUUAUGUACAGUCCAUCCUGUACUGCAAUGAGAACAAUCAGAUUGGGACUUUUUCUGAAGAGACAAGAAGCUGCUCUUGUCCCUAUGAGCAGCCUACCUGUCAGGGUCUUAUUCCAUGUACUGUAGGGGAUGGGACUUAUUGUGCCUCUUGCUCAUAUGAAAACCGCACACGAUGUGGGAGUUGCAACCCAGGCUACAUGCUUAGCCAAGGAUCUUGUAGACCAGAGGCAUCUGAUUCCACAGAGCAUUAUAUUGGGUUUGAAACUGACUUGCAAGACCUUGAGAUGAAAUACCUGCUUCAGAAAAGGGACAGCAGGAUUGCAGUCCAUGCCAUCUUCGUCAGCAAUGACAUGCGGCUCAACAACUGGUUUGAUCCAUCGUGGCGCAAACGGAUGCUGCUUACACUAAAGAGCAACAAAUACAAGUCCAGCCUCGUCCAUAUGCUUCUGGGAAUGUCAAUACAGAUCUGUGUGACCAAAAACAGUACAUUGGAACCAGUACUGUCUGUUUAUAUCAACCCCUUUGGGGGUAGUCACUCAGAAAGCUGGUUUAUGCCCAUUGCUCAAAACAGUUACCCAGACUGGGAAAGGACUAAGAUAGAUAUACCUCUUGAUUGUUACAACUGGACUUUGACUCUGGGUAACAAAUGGAAGACCUUUUUUGAAACUGUUCACAUCUAUCUGAGGAGCCAGGUCAUGUCAGCAGGUCCCCUUGGCAACAGCAGUGUCUAUUAUGAACCAGUGGACUUGAUGGACCCUUCAAGGAACCUGGGAUACAUGAAAAUAAACAGUGUGCAGGUGUUUGGUUACAGUAUGCACUUUGACCCAGAAGCGAUUCAGGACCUCAUUCUACAGCUGGACUAUCCGUACACUCAGGGAUCACAGGACUCUGCUCUACUGCAGCUGCUGGAAAUCAGAGACCGGGUUAACAGGCUCUCCCCGCCCGGCCAGCAGCAACUGGACCUCUUUUCUUGCUUACUUCGCCAUCGGCUUAAACUAUCCACUAGUGAGGUAGUGAGAAUUGUAGCUGCUCUGCAGGUUUUCAAUGCCAAGCUACCAAACUCUGUGGAAUAUGAAACAACCAAAUUAUGUAGUUAAUCAGGAUAUAUUAGUAGAUAGCAACAGUACCUUUUAUCUUGUAAUUAUUUUACAAUUUUAUUGGAAUUUACAUAAACCAUUAAAUGUAUUUUGUUUUAUUUGUAUUUUGUUUUAUUUUUUCAUUAAUGUUAUUUGAUGUAAUGACAACUGCAUGUUUUUUGUUUUGUUUGUUUUUUAACAAUUAUUUGUGAACCACACAAUUGGAAAAAAAAAUCUGUACAAUGUGGUUUCAGAAAAUCCAUAAAUGAUUGUGAUUUUCUGAUUUUUAUCUUUUUUUUAUUCCUUUUUGUUUUAUCUACUUAGAAAGAGAUAAGAUCGAUCUCCCAGUUUCUCUACUACAACAUUGUUAAUACUUUGUAUUGUUGUCUUUAAAUAUUUUAAAAGCUAAUUUUGAAACUCCUUGUUGUGUUUCGUGUUUUUUUUUUCCUAUUUAUUUUUGCCAUUUGCUAAGCCAAUUUUAUAUGUAAGAGCUUAAAACUGUUGUGUGGAAUAAAAAAAGUGGAAUUCAGUUUGAAAUAAUAUUGGUUGUGCUUGUUAUCACAUUGGAAUCAUUGCUUUCAAUUGUAAUGUGUUAUUGGUAUUUAGGUUACUUUGAAGUUGAACAUGAUCCAUAAUUUAAAAAGUUGUGCUUACAUAACCAUGUUAAUUUGUCUGUGAAUUGAAUAUACAAGUAGAGUAAACUUUGAAACAGUGAUGUCAAAAAGAUUCAGGGAAUCUGAACCAUAUAGAACAGCAAUUAAUAAAGUACAGACUGCCUUACUUGUGCAAGGCCGCAGCCAGCUGUGAGGCACCCAAGGCAUGGGCCUCGGUUAAAAUCAUACUAAUAUUUAUUUAUUUAGGCUCUUUUACACGCUGCUUUGCCACAAAAUAAAAUGCAUU